CUCCCUGAGCCUAGUCUUAAGGAUUCUUCAUUAAACACAGAGUUCCUGAAUGGUCAAAGGAUGUUUCGCCUCUUUUGGAGAAAAUGGAGUGCAGAUUGGCUAUCUCAUCUGCAGGCGCGCCCCAAGUGGCGCCACGAAACUGACAAUCUUCAGCGUAACGACAUGAUCAUCAUCAAGGAUGAUCGAACUGGUCCUUCUGACUGGAAAUUAGGGCGAAUCAUCGACUUACAUCCUGGGGCCGAUGGGCUCGUUCGAGUAGCUACAAUUAAGACCUCAACGGGUUUUUACAAGAGGUCUGUGUCAAAGAUUUGUCGUUUGCCCUUGCCAAGAUUUACUGAAGAGUCUAGCCCAAAGUUAAGCAUGGUCUAAGGCUUUGAAUACUGGGUCCAGUAUUGGGGGCGGCAUGAACGGGUGUUUCUGUCGAUUAGGAGAAGCUGGACAGCUGUUUUCUGGCGACUCUGAGAAGCAGUGGACAACAGCAGUUUUAACAGCGAAUGUUAGA